ACCGGAAAUAGAAAAGGAGAAGAAGAACGUUCCAGCCCUACCAAGGAAAACUAGAAACCUAUUUCAUACUGUCUGUGUGUGAAACAAGCUAGCUGAUGCUGCACUACAAUCUUUGACAGUUACAUGUGUUGUGUUGUGUGUCAGUACGAGUCAUUACCCUCGGAGCUGUCGCAUUAAAUCAAAAGGAGGAAUUUAAUCUGUUCCAGCGUGAAGAAAUGAGCUCGGUCAGAAAUGAAGGUAAAGACCAAAUCAUCUUUGUCACCAAAGAGGAUCAUGCAUCACCCAGCAGUGCUGAGCUCGUAGAGGAAGAUCCUGAUGACCCAUAUGAGGAGCGAGGUCUGAUUCUUCCCAGUGGGGAGAUCAAUUGGAACUGCCCCUGCCUGGGUGGGAUGGCCAGUGGUCCCUGUGGGAGUGAUUUUAAGGACGCCUUCUCCUGUUUCCACUAUAGUAAGGAGGAGGUGAAGGGCUCUGACUGCCUGGAGCAGUUCAGUGCCAUGCAAGAGUGUAUGCAGCGUUACCCGGAGCUCUAUCCUCAAGAAGAUGAGAAGGUGCCACAAGAACAAUCAUCAGAAACAGACCAGACGUCACAAGACUCUGCAUCCGCAGAAACGUCAGGUGCAAACCCAACAUCUGCUACUGAGCAAGACUCUAAUAUCACACAACCCAGCACAGAGGGCUCAGUGGAAAGCUAAUGAUGAGCGUUGGUGGCACCGUGAGCCACAAGACUUUAAAGUCCAACUGAAAUCACAUUUAGUCAUCCAUUUUUGCCAUCAAAAAUAAAGUCAACAUGUUUUUUAAAUUGGCCGGCACUGGAAGGAGAGAUUAAGUAAAUAAACUUGCUCUAUAGCUCACAAGCCAGGGCAGACAGUGUGUUUUUAGCUGUAUUGAAAAGUAAGGACCACAGCAGCAUCUAAACUGUUCUAAACAAGUUUACAUGUUGUUUAAAGUGCUGUAGCUGAGCAGCUAAUUAGCUGUCUAGCCUGCAAACUGACGUUAGCAGUGCACCUUUCCCCGGUGAAUGUUUGUUUGGUCGCUCAUUCAACAAGCUGAGGUGCAGGACACACACACACACACAUAUAUAUAUAUAUAUAUUUCUCCUUUUUGGUUUCUGAAUUUUCCUCGGAGGGGAACACAGGGCAUGUGGUAUACAGAAUAGAUAUAUGUAUGCUGUAGCAGACAAAAACACAUGACGUUUAAUUUCAGUUGGACUUUAAACAUUCUUUUUCUGAAUAAGAUGGGCUUAUAGUUUUGUAAAACUAAUACAAUGUUAUCAAUGAAAAACUGACUAUCUAGAGUGUUAAAAUUCAUGUUGUUCAAUCCUGUCUUUGGGUUCAUGCAAAAUAAGAUUAAAGAAUAUUUAAUUCAAUCAAGAGCUUACAGGACCAAGCUUAGUAUACACACUGAGGUGUAUAGUGCAUAUAUUUUUCAUUUCCUUUGUGUCAAGAUAUACGGUUCUACUAGCUUAUGCUGUGAUUUACCAUAACAAGGUCUGAAACUGUAAGAUUACAGUAAAAUUUCCAUUGUCACGUAUCUGUGCUAUUUUCUUAUGAUUCAGCAUAUAAUAUUUUACAUGUAUAUUAUGUGCUACUCAAAGUUUAUAUUAGUAAUGUUAACAAUAAAGUUGCUAGAUUCACAGAGGUGUGAAGAAUGUACUGAAGAAUAUUUUGCAACUUUCUACUAUGAUAUCUCGAGUUGUGUGUUUCCACAGUUCCCUUCUGUCCUGUGUCACUUUAUAACCAGACUUAAAACUUUUACCUCAGAUUAACUUAACUGAACCAUUUGUGUGCAACAAAGGACUGAUUGGAGCGACUUGAAGUGAAUAUUGUUGAAAGUUUUAUAAUAAAAUGUAUUAUACUG